CCGCGCGCGCGUGGCAUCAUCGGGCGGAGGCGGAUGGCCCACAUUGUGUUCCUCCGCGCCGCCGCCUUCGACCUCACGGCCGGCAAGCCGGCGCUCGCGGGCGUCCCGGCGUCCGCGCCGCUCUCCGCGGCGGCCGCGGCCAUCCCGUCGUCGCCGGAUGCCGCCGUCGCCGUCUGGCGCGAGGGCGCCUCGCCGCUGGCGCCGGCCGCGGCCACCGUCGUCGGGCUGCUCAGCUCGCUCGACGUCGUCGCAUUCCUGGCCUCCCACCGCGCGGGAGGAGGCACCGACGCCUCCGCGAUGAAGACGCCCGCCGGCGACGUGGUGCCGCGGGAGCAGGCCGUCGUCCGCGAGGUCGAGCCCGACGCCAGGUUGAUCGAGGUAGUGGAGCUGAUGAAGCAGGGGGCAAAGCGCGUACUUGUCCGCAAGCACAUCACAGAUGGAUGCGCCGUCAGCAAGCAGCCCUUUGCGCCAUUCUACAAAGCUCCGCUGAAGAUCACCGGAACACCCCGCGCAGCUACACCCCAGACAAUCAGAAGGUCGCCGUCAUCAUCGACGUUUGCCUAUGACAAGUACUGCUGCCUGACACGAGAAGACAUCAUUCGCUUCCUCAUCAACUGCCUUGGUGCCCUUGCGCCGAUACCAUUGCUGUCAAUCUCCUCUCUUGGAGCCAUCAGCCGUAGCUACUGCCACGUCGAAGCCUCCUCGCCGACUAUCGAGGCUAUCUGGAAGAUACCCUCCGACCCACGCGUCGUCGCCGUUGUGCAGACCAACAAAGAUGGAGCACACGUAAUUCUAGGUGAGAUAUCUGCUCAUAAGCUGUGGAAGCGUGAUUAUUCGGCUGCUGCAGAUGCAAUGGCAAGGCUCUCAGCACUGCACUUCGCCACUGGCAUCGACGAGAAUGGAGCAGCGCCAGCAUCUGCAAGUGGCACCGGUAUCCGUGCAAGGAGGGGGGAGGUGGAGAAUGACAUUGUGCCUUCUCCAAGGUCUAUGAGAUUCAGCAGCAGGAAAAUUGGGUUCUCGGCCAGCUUUGCAAGCCAGAUGGUGCCAAGUCACCGGAAGAACAUAGUGCUGACCUGCAAAACGACAAGCUCUCUUGCUGCUGUGAUGGCUCAGAUGCUGGCGCACAGGGCCACACACCUCUGGGUCACAGAAGGCGACGACAGCGAGGAACCCAUAUUGAUUGGCAUGAUUGGGUACGCGGAAAUCUUCAACGCAGUCACUAGAGGUGUUCUUCUGGCUUGAUCAUCAGUGCAGAUUCACUUCACGUUGAGCAAGUUUGGCAAAUGGAUGAGUUCUGCAUUCUCUUGUUUCUUUAUCAAUUUCCAUCGAAAUUCAGAAGGGAAAAGAGGUGCAUCAAAUCUGGUUGCAGCAGAGCUAUUGGCAUUGAGUAGGAAGGACUCGCCUCAUGUCCUAUUAGCUGGUCAGAGUACAUUACACGACCAACUCCUGAUUGGUUUAAUAUCUAGAGGUUAGUAGUAUGUUCGACUCAAUGUUUUAUGUGUAGUCUGUUCUUUCUCCAUCUUUUCAUCGGAGAAAGUUCAGUUCUGCUGUCCUAUGAUCAUUUUCUGCUGGCAUAUCAAGUUCCACAAUUCAUCUGUGUUCAA